UGUAUCGGUUAACAAAUGACCUACAAUUAUUUAACGACAAGCUGUUCAUAAUAUUGUUCUUUUGGGAUUGCAGUUUUAGUACCAAACUGUGUGUAUUUCUCGUUUAUUGUGUUGAGAGUGUGGUAGGGGAAUAGGGAAAGUUGAUUAGUGAAAUCUUCGCGACGAGCGUAGUCUUCCGAUUACAAUUUGAUAGAUUAGUGUAGAUGUGAUAAAGUCAUCAUGUCCUUUUGGUUUUAUGACUUGGAACCCUUAGAUAAUAAUCAACUAAUCAACUAAUAAAAGAAAACCAAAGUCCAAUCAAAUGUUACUAUAAUCGUAGUAAAUCAGGGAAGAAGCGCUUUGCGUAACUUGGUGGAACUUGUAUAUUGCGCACAUGCGCAGAACACUAAACUAUGGCAGCAAACACGGCUAACAGUUUCUUUCCCAGCGUUACGCUCAGUGGUACUCGCACACUCAUACACUCGCACAACUUUCGAGCUCCAAACGGGGCUUCUCUUUGUGGGAGAACAAGUACACAGAUGCAGAUACGGAUAGAGAUACUCACUGUGUUGGUGGUGGUACUGCUCCACCAGUGGAGAGAGCUGCCCACUGAUCGUGUGCUUGUGCUGGUGUGUUGGUGUAUUAAGGCCGACGCCGCUGCCGCUGUCGACGUCGCUGCUCGAAGCGAUUCCGUGCUUUUGGAAUACUCCGCGCUCUCGCUCUCCGGCACUCCAGUUCCAGUUGCUGAGUGGCCAAGUGGCUCUUUGGCUGCUGAGCCCUGUUUAGCUUUGUUUUUCGGUGUCUUCUGCGUUUUGCUGUGUUUUUUGUUGUGUAAGAACAAUAAACACGCCAAGCGCCACUUGAAAAAGAAAUAAGAAAAAAGUUAAAGUAGCGAUCUCUCCGAGCAACAAGUACUUG